AUGCUUGGAGAGAGGCAUAGCCGACCUAUUGAGGACCGGGCGGUGGAUAUGGAGGGAACUGUGACGGAUAAUUUGCAAGAUAGUAUGGGGGCCAUUGGGAUGAUGAUGGUUGUUGUGGCUAUGUGGGGAGCACAAGAACUCUAUGGAUAUCGCUCAGCAGGUGAUGAAUGUUGCGGUUGUGCUGCUCUUGAGCGACCCAUCUCUAAUCCUGUUCAGCCCACCGCAACUCUUGUUGGGCCCAAUGCUAUUCUUGCAAGUUACGGUAGUCCUGAAAAUCAAAAGUGA